AGUGCAGUGUGAGUGAGUGAAGAGAGAGGAAAGAGAGAGCGAGAGGGAGCAGUCAGUGCUGUAGGGAGGAGGAGAGUGAGUGAAUGAGAGCUGCUGGAUCUGCUGUUUGAUUGUUAUGCGUACCCUGCCACCACUACAGACGCUGCUGAUUACUCCGCUAGUUAGCCACACUGCUAGCAGGAGAGCCAGGGGCCACCAGGAAUCAGGCUAGCUGGGCUUCUCCAUCCUUUGAGCAGGGGACGUAGCCACGUCGUGGAGUGGAGGGGGCUAACACUACUGUUUAGGUACCCGCUUCUACUUCAUCCAAACAUCCCUCUCCCCACCACCACCACCAGCAGCCCGUUCGCUCCUCUCUAUGCCCUUGUCCUCGGUGGCUCCUCUCAACUCCCUGGCCAGUAUAUGGAUAGAAGCUCUCUGUUUCAGCUCAUACAAGAGCAGCUGGACCCAGACAACACCGGUUUCAUUGCAGUGGAGAACUUCACCAGUCUGGUGGAGCACCAUGAGCUGCAGCUGGACCCCUCCAAACUGGACAUGCUGUUUGCACUGGUGCAGAGCAACGAGGAUGGGCAGGUGUGCUACCAGGAGCUCAUCGAGCUGAUGAGCAGCAAGCGUUCCAGCAGUUUCCGACGAGCCAUCGCCAAUGGCCGCCGCACACUGCAGCGGGAGAUCCUAUUGGACGAGACGGGCCUGGGCGUGUACAAGCGCUUUGUGCGCUACGUGGCCUAUGAGAUCCUGCCCUGCGAGACAGACCGGCGCUGGUACUUCCACCAGAACAGCUUGUGUCCCCCUCCUGUCUUCAUGGCCAUCAUUACCAUCAUCCAGAUCGUUGUGUUCAUGUGCUAUGGCAUCAUGCUGAAUAAGUGGGUACUGCAGACAUACCAGCCAGACUUCAUGAAGAGCUCCCUGGUGUACCACCCCAGACACCGCCUCCAGGUGUGGCGCUUCUUCAGCUACAUGUUCAUGCACGUUGGGUUGGAACAGCUGGGGUUCAACGCUCUUCUCCAGCUGAUGAUCGGCGUUCCCUUGGAGAUGGUCCAUGGCAUCCUACGCAUCAGUCUGCUCUACAUGGCUGGUGUAGUGGCAGGUUCCCUGACUGUGUCCAUCACAGACAUGCGUGCUCCAGUGGUGGGGGGCUCCGGGGGUGUCUACGCUCUGUGCUCGGCGCAUCUGGCCAACGUCGUCAUGAACUGGGCUGGUAUGCGGUGUCCAUACAAGCUCCUCCGCAUGAUUCUGGCACUGGUGUGCAUGAGUUCGGAGGUGGGCCGUGCCGUCUGGCUGCGCUUCUCCCCGCCCUUGCCCUCCUCGGGGCCCCAGCCCAGCUUCAUGGCCCACCUGGCGGGGGCGGUGGUGGGCAUCAGCAUGGGCCUGCUCAUCCUGCGCAGCUACGAGGAGAGCCUGCAGAAGCAGUGCUCCUGGUGGGUCAUCCUCUUCUCCUUCAUCACCUUCCUUCUCUUCGCCAUCUUCUGGAACAUCUUCGCCUACGAGCUGCUGGGGGUGCAGCUUCCACCCGCUCCCUGACACCAAGAAGAUCUCUCUCACUCCAUUACAUUUUCCCUCUCACUGUCACAUGUCAAGACCCAGCGCCUUCGCCGUAUCCUUUUCCUGUCCGCUCAGCCAACCUCCCCGGCAACACCAUUCAAAACACAGGAAGUUAUUUAAUUCAAAACUGUACAGAGCAGGAAUAAUUUUUCCCAAUGUACCCAUAUCAUCAUAGAAUGAUCUCUGUUUUGUGGUGGGAGGGAAUUUGGUAGCAAUAUAUGCAGGUGAAAGAUGUGUAGCUGUCUUUAUAUUCUCAUUGUGGAGCAUCCCUUUUGUCUUUUGUGUUGAAGCUUAACCCAGCUUCAGGUAGAACCUGUCAGAGAGCCAUUAUGAUUAAUACCAUGCAGCGUCAGCUCUCCUUUGCUUUCAGAGUGGGUUUAUGACCCUUGAGGUGCUUCUUACUGGACAGAUGUGUGUUCUGUCGGUAUUCCUCACUGCCCCUUUUAAAGACAUGAGGCAGAAGGACACCAAUGUUCUACUGCCCAACAAGCACCUAAACACUAGAUCUACACUGUGGAAUAAGAAUAGGAAUUCACAGGAUUAGGUAUUACAUGUAACAAGGCAUGCAGCUAGGAAGGUGGAAAAGACAGAGAAGAAAAUAAAUCAAUGCUGAAACCGUGAUAUCCUAUUUCCCCACCAUCACCACUGUGGUGCUCAUGUGCCUAGUAGCCAUUGUCACUCUCAUUUUCCACCCAACCUAAAUGCUUCACCAGGUUAGCAUAAUCUCUAGCAGUACCAUACCCUAGCCUGCUAAAGCACGAGCAUCUCAUCUAGCCCAUGCUCUAAGGUCCAAACUGAGACGUGUGUUCUUUACACCCCCGGACACUCCAACCCGCACCCUUCUCCUGUGUCACCGUCUCCAAGAACAACCACUGCCUGAUGCUGUAAGUCAGCGCGGGAACGCAAAGCGAGCGACACAGGCCUCUCUGUCUAUUCUCACUCUAACAGACGGAACUGGGGAGGGCAACGGACAUGUCAUCAUCGCCUGACCUCUGACCUUCGUGUCCCAGCGGGCAUUGGGUUCAGUCUGUCAAAGCCCAGUCUAUACCUCAGUGUCUCAUUCUUAGGGACUGUAUACUUUUGUAAAGGAAUGUACACAUAAAAAAAGGAGUGUUAAUCAUUUAUUUCUGUUUCUUUCUUGUUUGGGAAAACAAAAUAAGAACAUUUCAAAUGGUGCAGACGUAAUGCUAUGAUUGUUGUUCUUAUGAUUACUCCUACUAUACAGCUUUGAUCCUCUGAAAGUGAUUGGACAGCAGACACCCCUGGUUACUAUGAUGAAUGAACAUCAAUGAAGCAAGUUACACUCGUCUUUAUAAAUCUUAGUGCUUUACAGAAUAAGCCAUAGAAGAACCCAUUCAACGUAGAAAUGGAAAACAAAGGCAGAGUGAAAACAGUCAGUGACUGUUUGCUGGUAUAUGCUUCGGUGAAAUUUCUGCUGUGUCGUCCUCAUUGGUAAUGUCAAAGCUGAUAAUAACACAUGUCAUAUGAGUUAUGUGGCAAAUGAGACCGGAUGACAAAGCCAAACUGCAAGAACAUGCUUGAGAAACGCUGGACUGUCGCUCUCAGGCGACAUUAGAUAUUUGUUGAUAAACACAUCUUAAAACCUUGGUUGCCAGAUAGAAUAUUUAGACACACGUUACUACAUGGUGCCAGAUUCUAAAUCCCCCCUCAGUGUGGUGAUGCUUGACGACAGUAUAUUUUGGUUAAUGACACAUUUUGGAUAGAGAAACCUGCCACAAAUUAGCUCAUUGACUGAAUCAAGAAAUUGCUAAGCUUUGACUAAUCUUGAAAUUCCAUUCACUUAUUUAAUCUUCAGUCUGUAGUCUAUUUCAUUUGGAAGGUUUCUUCUGACUGCUUUAGAAAACUUUUAGAGUUGCCAAUGCUGACAAUUGGUCUCAGACAUAAUCCUCAGCAUACAUGAUUAUGUCACUGACAGAGGAUACAGGCAUACUGAGUGUGCCAUAACAAAUAACUCUAUGAAAGGUGAAUUCUAUCUAAGAGGAGGAUAAUUGUGCCUCGUAAGCUAAAGAAUCCAUAGCACAUGAACCCAGAAAAGGCAUAGGGCUGAUGAAAGGGCUAUAAACUAAAUACCGAUGUUAUUAUAAAACACAUAAAACUGUUAAAAGGUCCAAUGCAGCCAUUUUUAUCUCAAUAUCAAAUAAUUUCUGGUUAACAAUUAAGUACCUCACUGUGAUUGUUUUAAAAAUGUACUUCUUAGCAAAGAGCAAUAUCUCAAUAAAUAAUUUUGCUAGGACUGAGUGAGGAGUGGAAAACUGAAAACUAGCUGUUAUUUUCAGAGAGGUUCUUAUGGGUCUAUUAACGAAUUGAUGUCACCAGGCAGGCCAAAACUCCAUCCAACCAAAACAGGCAGACAUUUCAGGUGGUCUUUUCAAACAGCUCUUACACUAAAAAGGCAUUAUCAUAAUUUUCACAGUAUUAUUCCAACCUCAUAGCGUGGAAAUAUACUGUAUAUAAAACAAAGGAGAAUCUGGUUUUUGACUGCACUGGGCCUUGAAUAGGAACCUUCCAGGAAAUGAAAACUAAACGACUAAAGGGGUGAGAAAAGCUGAAGUACAAGGUACAAGCUUCUAUCUCCCCAUCCUUAAAAACACACCCAGGUCUCAGUUAAAACAGGCUUUUUAAUUGUAUUUUUAAAUCACUGUAUGUCUAAUAAAUCCCUGUAUGUGUUUAUUUGAUAAAAAUAACUCAAAAGAUAUAUGUUUUAUCAUGUAUUUCUCGGAGACUAUUUUUGCCAUUGAAAUGUGCGGACGUGUCAAUACGAAUGUAAAUAUAUUUACAUACACAGCCCUGAUUGGCGUAUAGGAUCUUCUAGACUCCAGAGCCUACCCCGCUUACCCCUUCAAAGUAGGAGGCAUAGAGAUCCUAUUAAAUGACUAAUCCCUCAAUGUUCCAGAAAGGCCUGAAAUGGCAGCCAUUUUGGUCAGGGAGAAAUCCAAACCAGUCUAAUUAGAAUGAAUGGCAGUAAAGUCAUAGGUGAUGUAUUUUCUGCUUUUCCUUAUGCUGGAAAAUAAAAGUAAGGCAUGUGAUAUAUCAGAAGUUGUUUAAUAGAAAUACUGCCAUAUACAGUACAUACAGUUGAAGUCGGAAGUUUACAUACACUUAGGUUGGAGUCAUUAAAACUCGUUUUUCAACCAGUCCACAAAUUCCUUGUUAGCAAACUAUAGUUUUCGCAAAUCGGUUAGGACAUCUAGCUUGUGUAUGACACAAGUAAUAUUUCCAACAAUUGUUUACAGACAGCUUAUUUCACGUAUAACUCACUGUAUCACACUUCCAGGGGGUCAGAAGUUUACAUACACUAAAUUGACUGUGGAUGUAUUUCAAGGCCUACCUUCAAACUCAGUGCCUCUUUGAUUGACAUCAUGGGAAAAUCAAAAGAAAUCAGCCAAGACCUCAGAUUUUCUUUUGUAGACCUCCACAAAUCUGGUUCAUCCUUGGGAGCAAUUUCCAAAUGCCUGAAGGUACCGCAUUUAUCUGUGCAAACAAUAGUGUGCAAGUAUAAACACCAUGGGAUCACGCAGCCAUCAUACCGCCCAGGAAGGAGACGCUUUCUGUCUCCUAGAGAUGAACGUACUUUGGUGCGAAAAGUGCAAAUCAAUCCCAGAACAACAGCAAAGGACCUUGUGAAGAUGCUGGAGGAAACAGAUAAAAAAGUAUCUAUAUCGACAGCAAAACGAGUCCUAUAUCGACAUAACCUGAAAGGCCGCUCAGCAAGGACGAAGCGACUGCUCCAAAACCGCCAUAAAAAAGCCGACAAUGAUUUGCAACUGCACAUGGGGAGAGAUCAUACUUUUUGGAGAAAUGUCCUCUGGUCUGAUGAAACAAAAAUAGAACUGUUUGGCCAUAAUGACCAUCGUUAUGUUUGGAGGACAAAGGGGGAGGCUUGCAAGCCGAAGAACACCAUCCCAACCGUGAAGCACGGGGGUGGCAGCAUCAUGUUGUGGGGGUGUUUUGCUACAGGAGGAACUGGCGCACUUCACAAAAUAGAUGGCAUCAUGACGGUGGAAAAUUAUGUGGAUAUAUAGAAGCAACAUCUCAAGACAUCAGUCAGGAAGUUAAAGCUUGGUCGCAAAUGAGUCUUCCAAAUGGACAAUGACCCCAAGCAUACAUCCAAAGUUGUGGCAAAAGGGCUUAAGGACAACAAAGUCAAGAUAUUGGAGUGGCCAUCACAAAGCCCUGACCUCAAUCCUAUCGAAAAUAUGUGGGCAGAACUGAAAAAACGUGUGCAAGCAAGGAGGCCUACAAACCUGACUCAGUUACACCAGCUCUGUCAGGAGGAAUGGGCCAAAAUUCACCCAACUUAUUGUGGGAAGCUUGUAAAAGGCUACCCAAAACAUUUGACCCAAGUUAAACAAUUUAAAGGUAAUGCUACCAAAUACAAAUUGAGUGUAUGUAAACUUCUGACCCACUGGGAAUUUGAUGAAAGAAAGAAAAGCUGAAAUAAAUCACUCUACUAUUAUUCUGACAUUUCACAAUCUUAAAAUAAAGUGGUGAUCCUAACUGACCUAAGACAGUGACUUUUUACUAGGGUUAAAUGUCAGGAAUUGUGAAAAACGGAGUUUAAAUGUAUUUGGCUAAGGUGUAUGUAAACUUCCGACUUCAACUGUAUACAAUGCCUUCGGAAAGUAUUCAGACCCCUUGACUUUUUCCACAUUUUGUUAGGUUACAGCCUUAUUCUCUUUUUUUUCAUCAUCAAUCUACACACAAUACCCCAUAAUGACAAAGCAAAAACUGGUUUGUAGACAAUUUUGCAAAUUUAUGAAAAAAUAAACUAAAAUAUCACAUUUCCAUCACUAUUCAGACACUUUACUCAGUACUUUGUUGAAGCACCUUUGGCAGCGAUUACAGCCUCAAGUCUUCUUGGGUAUGAUGCUACAAGCUUGGCACACCUGUAUUUGGGGAGUUUCUCCCAUUUUUUUCUGCAGAUUCUGUCAAGCUCUGUCAGGUUGGAUGGGGAGCGUUGCUGCACAGCUAUUUUCAGGUCUCUCCAGAGAUGUUUGAUCGGGUUCAAGUCUGGCCUCCGGCUGGGCCACUCAAGGACAUUCAAAGACUUGUCCCAAAGCCACACCUGCAUUGUCUUGGCUGUGUGCUUAGGGUCGUUGUCCUGUUGGAAGGUGAACCUUCGCCCCAGUCUGAGGUCCUGAGCGCUCUGGAGCAGGAUUUCAUCAAGGAUCUCUGUACUUUGCGCCGUUCAUUUUGCCUCGACCCUGACAUGUCUUCCAGUCCCUGCCGCUGAAAAACAUCCCCAUACUUCACCGUAGGGAUGGUGCCAGGUUUCCUCAAAAAGUUCAAUCUUGGUUUCAUCAGACCAAAGAAUCUUGUUUCUCAUGGUCUGACAGCCCCCAAGUGCUGCCCCUGUGCUGCAGAGAUGGUUGUCCUUCUGGAAGGUUCUCCCGUCUCCACAGAGGAACUCUGGAGCUCUGUCAGAGGGAUCAUCGGGUUCUUGGUCACCUCCCUGACCAAGGCCCUUCUCCCCCGAUUGCUCAGUUUGGCCGGGCGGCCAGCUCUAGGAAGAGUCUUGGUGGUUCCAAACUUCUUCCAUUUAAGAAUGAUGGAGGCCACUGUGUUCUUGGGGACCUUCAAUGCUUCAGAACAUUUUUGGUACCCUUCCCCGGAACUGUGCCUCGACACAAUCCUGUCUUGGAGCUCUAUGGACAAUUACUUUGACCUCAUGGCUUGGUUUUUGCUCUGACAUGCACUGUCAACAGUGGGACCUUAUGUAGACAGGUGUGUGCCUUUCCAAAUCAUGUCAAAUUAAUUGAAUUUACCACAGGUGGAUUCCAAUCAAGUUGUAGAAACAUCUCAAGGAUGAUCAAUGGAAACAGGAUGCACCUGAGCUCAAUUUCGAGUCUCAUAGCAAAGGGUCGGAAUACUUAUGUAAAUAAGGUAUUUCUGUUUAUUGGUUUUAAUAAGUUAGCAAACAUUUAAUUAUGGGGUAUUGUGUGUAGAUUGAUGAGGAAAUUGUUUUAUUUAACCCAUUUUAAAAACAUGGCUGUAACAUAUCAAAAUGUGGAAAAAUUCAAGGGGUCUGAAGGCACUGUAUAUAUAUACAGUUUAUACAGGUUUUAUACCAAUUUUCUGUAUAAAUAGCCUCUAAAAUAGACCAUCAAAAUGUUUGUUUACUUGGAAAGCUGUGAGUGCUAUUAUAUGAUACAAUAUCAGUACUUGAAUUUACAACAUAACUGAUUUCAGCCAGUGUAUGGCUGUGGAUUGACGGAAUUGUUUGAAUGGCAAACUUCAUUUUUAAAUUAAUGUAAUCAUUCCUCUAAAUCUGGCUGGCUAUCUAGCUAACAAACAUACAGUGCAUAUAAAUUCUUCAAAUUCAUUUUUUAAUACCAAAUCUUAUCACAGCACUGGCAAACCAUGGUUGACUGUGAUGUCACGAUAUGGGCCAAAAAACUCCAUCCCACCGGAUUUUUUUCAAACCGUUUUUACAGAAAAAGGGCAUUAUGAUAAUCUUCACAAUUUCAGUGUUAUUUCGACCUCAUAGUGUUUUUUUAAUGACGUUUUUAACUGCACUGCCCCUUUAAGUUAGUUGAUAUAAAUGUAUGAUCAGUCUCAAAUAAGUCUCCAACUCUGUAUUCAUCGACAUGCUCAUUUUUUCCUCUCUCUUUUCACCAUGGCAUAUGAGGCAGCCGUCAGGGGAAAUAAGAAGUGCAUAUAUCCUAAUUAAGCAGGCAGAGAAAAGUCGUCAGGAGUGGUUUAUUAUCCAUCUGUAAGCCAAAUUACCUGGCCCUAGGCCGCCUCCAAAUACAGCAGCACUAACAACACAUCUUCUACAAAAGCCCAUCCAAUCCCACUCUCCUUUUGGCUAUGAAGCUGUCUGCUUCAUCCAGACAGCCGAGGAUCUGGGGGAGAGGCAUAAACACUGUAAUGAAGGAGCAAGUGUCAUCUACAGGCUGAUAUGUGACAACUUUGCCGUGUGCCAAAGUGUGACUGUGAGCGAUGCAGGGAGAGGGGGAAUAGAGAAAGAGGAAUGGAGGUGGCACAACUCAUAAAACACCACUGGGGUCGUAAAGCAGCUGUGUGUGCCUUCAUAUCUUGUCGUGUGGCCAUCACAACGCCUCGGGCGUCGGAAGUGAUGUAUGGCUGUUACGCAGGGCUCAGUUCUAACAGAACCUGGGGCUCCACCAGUGUAAAAUCUCUUCUUCUUUCAGUAAAUGUGACAGGCCGCAUGAUGUUGAUUUGAUUGCUGUCUUUUGUUUUCAUCUACAUAGGUGGGCCUGGUGAAGAAUAGCAUGAGUAGAAUAGGGGCAGCCAGCCAAUCAUACAGUAUCAUGUGAUCCAUUUUAUUAGAACACCACCACCACCUUUUUAGUGAGCGGUCUGAAGACCCCCCUCAUAUAUUUGUCAGUGUCCAUGAAUAGCCUAACACCUUGAAGGUAGUAUUGUUGUUGAACCACAUCCCAAUUAAAGGACGUCACUGUUAAAAGAGAGUGGAACCAACAUACCAUCUUGCCACGUGCCCUCCAUUUUCCUUGGAUGCGUCAAACCCCUUAGUUGACAUCAUUCUAUGGAGCCGUUCUUGAACAACUUUCCCUGUUCAUUCCUUCUCUGCUUGUCCGUGUCUAAAUGCAACAACUUUUGUAGCAAGCAUACUUGAGAUUUAUACUGUUAUUAGAUAUUCCAGACCCCAUGUGUUUUGUCAUAGGUGAGCUUUAUUUUUUGCACUUGUUGUAACGUGAUAAACUGAACAUGUCAUUGUGCCAAUAUGUUAUAGUGCCAUUUUGCUCUUUAUUUGAUGCUUUCAUAGGUAUUACCUUCUUAACACAAUCCGUUGUGCUCUUACGGAUAAUGCCUUGUUACAUCCAAUGCAUCUACACCCUAAACUUGGCUGUUGCGUUUGUGUGUGAUUAAAGGCAUCCGGUUAGGAGGAUCACUGCACUGCAUCACUGAUCUGAUCUUUAUAUUUUAUGGAUAUGUAGAUCAUCCAACCUUAGUGAUAUCAAUAUGCAGUAUCUGCUUUAAGCUGAUGCUUGUGACCAAGCAGGAUGCCUUCUCCUAGUAUGUGUCAGCGGUGUACUACUUGAACAUGAGGUACUGUAAUGCAGUACUGUAUGAGGCAAGCUACUGUAGCUCAUUAGCCAGAUAAACUUAUUUUCAAUAAGAAUCGAAGCAAGCAAACCAGCACAUUACUUUCUCAGUAUCCUUCUAAUACAAAGAAACUUGUUAGCAGUGGAAUCCACACAUGAUUUGACCAACAUACAACUAUCAACAGUUAUCCAAGUUGUUUUCAUCCAUCUCUAGACCAUUAUAAUACCAGUAUAUGGAGGUUUUGAAUGCAGAAUAUGGUACAAUAUUAUGGAUAAUUGAGGCAGUUUGGUUUAAGGUCAUGUGUGCUGCUGUGGUAGUUUUCACUGGCUGUUAUCUUGCAUUGAUAAAAUGGUGCCAAGCUUCGGCAGUUAAGUUUCCAAAUCCAGACCAGAGGUUGUACCAAUACAGCUUUACAAAAAAAUAUUGUAAAAAAUUAACAAAGAGGCUAUUUUUCUCUGGGUCACCAAGAAACAAAUGAAAACUAAAUUUAAUGUAAAUAUGGAUAGUUUAUAUUAAAGUCCUCAUUAAUUAUUUCAUGAUGUAUUGUACUUUUUAAAUGUUCUGAACUGAACCAUUUUCUAUUGUAUAUAUUUUGGUUUUAUUUUGUACUGUUCAUUGUAUUUGCUUUAAUUUAGGAACAAUACGAAUAAAGAACAAUACUGUGGAAAUGUCU